UAGGCGUAAGAUGAAUGUCAGGAUACUGGAAUCAACGAUUAUUUAUCGUGUUUGGAAAUGAGGACUCAAAUACAAAGGAGGAUUUUGCUCUGGCGGGCGCUGUGGCUGUUGUGUUUCGCUGUUUUGUGGAGAGAUUCAGAGGCGCAGCUUCGUUAUACAAUACCAGAGGAGCUUAAGGAGGGAUCUGUUGUUGGAAAUGUAGCUAAAGAUCUCGGUUUGGAUGUAUCUGAGAUAUCUAAUCGUAAAGUACGGAUAGCAUCUGAGUCUGGUAAGCAAUAUUUCAGCCUGAAUUUGCGGAACGGCGAGCUGCUUGUGAAUGAAGUAAUAGACAGAGAAACACUGUGCGGACAAAGCGGGAGUUGUGUGUUACCAGUGCAAGUCAUUAUCGAGGAUCCACUCCAGUUUUAUCGUGUCGAGGUGGCCAUACAAGAUAUUAACGACAACUCUCCAAUAUUCUUGUCGGAAAUAAACACAAUUGAGGUGCCAGAGUUAACAUUAAUUGGAGCAAGAUUUCGUUUGGAACCUGCUCAAGAUCCUGACGCUGGAACGAACUCCGUGCGCACAUAUGCGCUUAAUAAAAAUGAACAUUUCGCUAUGUUCAUGAACAUUAAAACCGAUAAGGAUGGAACAAAAGUCCCAGAAAUAGUUUUAGAGAAAGCUGUCGACAGAGAAAAACAGUCUGUACACCAUCUAAUUUUGACAGGUAUUGAUGGAGGUGAUCCAGCGAGGUCUGGAACUAUGCAGAUUUCUGUGAAAAUUGUUGAUGCAAAUGACAAUGCUCCCGUAUUUGAACGGGAGUUAUAUGAGGUUAAAGUUAUGGAGAGCACUGUCCCGGGUACAAUGAUACUGCCUGUAAAAGCUAUUGACUUGGAUGAUGGUGUAAACGGUGAGGCUGAGUAUUCAUUUGCGGCACAUACACCUGGAAUAAUUAAAAAUUUGUUUGCUAUUAAUCCUGUGACAGGUGAGUUAGUCGUUUCCAAGCAUCUCGAUUAUGAAACAAGCUCCUCAUAUAAAAUUGACAUACGUGCCAGAGACAAAGGAUCAUUUGCAAUGGAGGGACACUGUACAAUCCAAGUAACUGUUUUGGAUGUGAAUGAUAAUGCACCUGAGAUUAUCAUCACCUCCUCACCCAAACCUGUGCGAGAAGAUGCGCCCGCUGGGACUAUGGUAGCCUUAAUAAAUGUUAAAGAUUUGGAUUCAAGCGUAAAUGGAAACGUAACACUUAGCAUGUCACAGGGCACUCCUUUUAAAUUAAAGCCAACGUUUUCAAACCAUUACGCGCUGGUGACAGAUUCACAAUUAGACCGAGAAGAGUUUCCUAGGUAUGACAUUGAGCUAAAAGCAUCAGACUCUGGAUCACCUCCACUGAUAUCCAGCAAACUCAUUACAGUUAGUAUACUAGAUGUCAAUGAUAACCCUCCUGUGUUUUCUGAACGUGUGUACUUGGUUUAUAUUAAAGAAAACACCGCUCCGGGAUCAAUUUUAUCAUCAGUAACAGCAUCAGAUCGAGAUACGGGAGAAAAUGCCAAACUUGUCUAUUCAGUUAUCGAUACUAAUACUCAAGGCGUACCCGUCUCUUCGUAUGUUUAUAUAAACUCUGAAAAUGGUAGUAUAUUUAGCAUGCACUCAUUUGACUACGAGAAAAUGAAGGUGUUUCACAUCAUCGUGAUUGCUAAAGAUCAUGGCUCUCCAUCUCUGAGCAGCAACGCCACCGUUCAUGUGUUUAUUUCGGACCGGAACGAUAAUGCACCUGCUGUCAUUUACCCGUCAUACGGGAGAGGUGAGGACUAA